AAUACCAUAGGUUAAUCCUUUACUUACUUUAAAGGAUGAUAUUUUGAAAUAUCCCAAAGUAUCAUUAAUUUAAGCAGAUUUUUAUAUGACAUUUUUGUUUGGCAAUUUUCGACAUGCCACAAUAAGCAUACAUAAAAUUAAUGGAAUGAUGAGUCGAAUUUUAUUGGACUCGUUUUUUAUCUGGUCGAUCGUACGCCUUUGAUAUCAUAUAUGCAUGUAUUAUAUACUCAAAGUGCGCAUGUUUGGUAAGAUGCCAUAGGGGUUUCUAGCUUAGGAUUCGCAACCUAGCCCACAACUCAAGGUGUGCCUCUAGAAUUUCAUGAGGUCGCAAGUCGAUGCAUGUGCUUCUAUGUGUGAAGAACAAAUCCAUAGCCACUUUCAAGCCGAUCUUAUUGUAGAAAUUUGGACACACCUCAAUAUUCAGCAUUGAAGUUCUGUUUAACUUUUGUUUUAUAGGUAUCACAAUUAGUGUAAUUUUUAUGAAGUUAUUUUGUAAUUGAUAAUGUUAUUUAUUUUAAUUUUAUAGAUUGGAUGAUAAAAAAUUCAAAUUAAAUUGUCGGAGGAGAAAUAUGAGGACAUGUAUGAGAUUGUGAGAAUUGUUAUAUGAUAUAGAAAUCGAGUAAUACGAGCCCAUGAGUUUUGGAUGACUUGAAUUUGAAUCCGAUUCCCACGAUUCGGAUCUGUCAGAUUAACAGAAGAAAAAUAGCCGUUGAACAUUUUGAAAAACAAAGUGGUUAGUUUUCCCUCCCCCAAUUCACCACACUAACAAAGAACUGAACGGAAAAAUGGGAAGAUUCAAAGCUAAAUCCGACUACGAACAACUCAGAAUAGCUCGCAUCGUCGAAAAUCAGGCGCGGCUGGCCAAUUUAGGGCUUCUAAAAACCUUGUCUGAGCUGCGGUCUCUGAAUUCAUCGACUAAAUCCGAGAAAUCUCAAAAAAGAAAAUACUGCAAAGUCGACUACAGCGCCGCCCCUUUGCGGCGAUCAGCUCGAUUGGGGGGAAUAUCGCUGCCACCAGGAAGCGGGAAAUUGAGUUACUCGGAAGGUAGUGAUGGCAAUGAAACUGGUGACAAUGUAAAGAGGCGUUCUAGACGGAGUGGGAUUUCGGAAGAAGCUUUGAGGCGGCGCUGCGUGUCAAAGGAGAGAGGGAGUUUGUAUGAUCCGGUUUAUGGCAUUUGCUGCCAUUUCUGCAGGCAGAAGAAACUCUGUGGUGAAGAAGAUUGCAAACGUUGUGGUGAUAGGGACAUAAAGCAACCAUGCAUAGGUAAAACAGAGUGCUCAGUAUGCCACUCUAGCAACGGUAUCCUUUGUCGAGCCUGCCUCAAGAUCAGAUAUGGUGAAGAAAUGGAGGAAGUGAGAAUGAAUAAAGAAUGGAUGUGCCCUCAUUGCAUAGAAGAUACAGGAACCAAACCUCACUGGAUAUGCAACAGCUCAUUCUGUAUGAAGAGGAGGAAGAUGAUUCCUACUGGAAUUGCCAUAUAUAAAGCAAGAGAGAUGGGAUACAAAUCUGUGGCACAUUUGUUGAUGGAUGAGCUUUCAAAGAGCAGAUAGAGGGAAGAUGUUUGCAAAUGGCUGUGGUGGUUUUGAACUUCCUCUAAUUGUAAAUUUACUAACGGAUUGUGUGAUCCUCUAGGAUUUGUUUAGAAAGCAUUGGAAUUUGUUAUUGGCUUGGUUUUUUAAA